AUGCCUGCUGUUGGCCUGACGGAUGCAGGGCGGUAUGCAGACACUGCCACCACAGAGCCGGCGGACCCGCCUGGCGGCUCCCUGCUGUGGCUGCGCACCAGCAUGGUAGGCGACGCUCAAUUGGUGAGCGCGCUCCGCCGCCAGCUGGGCGAGCUGGCCUACGACUCCACCGCCCUGACGGCAGAGGCGGCGCCGCUGGUGGCGGCGCUGCUGGCCGACCUGGCCGAGGUGCUGCAGCGGGAGGUGGGGCGGCUGGGUGCCGAGAACAGCCGCCUGCAUGCCAACCUGCUGCGCGAGGCGGAUGCGCAGCAGGCGCAGGAGGCGGGCACACACCAGCGUGCCAAGCAGGCCGAGGCGCGUGCCGCGGAUCUGGCCUUUGCCAAGGAGCAAGCGCUGGAGCGGGCGGCGGCGCUGGAGCGGGAGCGAGACGGCCUGCGCGCCAAAGUGCGCGACCUGCUGAGCUUCGGGCAGCAGCACGCGGGAGAUGAGCUGGAGCUCAAGGCCGCCUACUCCAGUUUCUCCAUGACCGCCCCCCUGGAGCCGCGCCCCGCGCCCGCCGCGGCCGCCAAGACCUCCCGCGGCGCCAUCUCCCUCAUCAAGGCCGCCGACAGCCGCAUCCUGGCGCUGGAGGCAGAGGUGCGGCGGCGAGAGGAGGCGCAGCAGGCGCUGGGCGCGCAGGUGCAGCAGGCCAAGGAUGCGCUGGCGCAGCGGGAUGCCGAGAUCGAGCGGCUGUCGGCGCUGGUGGCACGCGGUCCCGACGUGGACCGUCUGGCCCAGCAGUACCGCACAGAAGCCAACGAGGCAGUCAUCCUGCAGCUCAACCAGCAGGCGCGGCAACUCGGCUCCUGGCGCCCAGGACGCAGCAGCCAGGGGUUCACGGAAACACCGGUUGAGGCGCUCACCUCGGAGCUUGUGGAGGUGCAGCGGCGGGCGGUGGACCGCGGCGACCUGGAGGCGGCGCAGCAGGCGCAGCGCCAGGCCGAGGCGCGUGCCAGCUCGCUGGCGGCGGAGCGCGAGGGCGUGGCGCGGGAGGUGGAGGCGAUGCAGGCGGCGCUGGUGCGGCUGCAGCAGGAGUCGGCGGGCGAGGGCGCGGCGCGGCAGAAGCUGGGCAGGCUGCGGUCCACGCUGGAGGGGGUGCGGGCGGAGAAGGCGCUGCUGGAGGGGCAGCUGACGCAUGCAGAGGCGAAGGUGGCAGAGCUGCGUGACGUGCUGGAGCAGCGGGAGGGAGCGCUGCGCAAGGCGCAGGGCCGCUGCAAGCAGCUGGAGGGGGAGCUCUCUGCUUCUGUCCAGAAGCAGGCGCAGCAGCAGCGAGAGCCCGAGGGCUCGGCCAGCCAGCAGGAGGCAGCCGCUGCUGUCAGCCUGCAGGAGCAGUGCCAGGCGCUGGCGGAUCAGCUGGCAGAGGCUAGACGCUCACGCGAGGACGCGGCCGCGGCGGCGGCAGCAAGCGAGGGCGAGUGCCGCCAGCUGCGGGAGCAGGUGCAGCAGCUAGAGCAGCAGAUGCAGCGGGCGCAGCAGCAGUUUCUGCGCACCGAGCAGCACCUGGCCCAGGCUGUGGCGGUCGCCGGCGCUCCGCUCACUGCCCAGGAGCCAGCAGCGUCAGCAGCGGAGGAAGGACAGCCUGGCGCUGAUCAAGCAGCCCCGCCAGAGCAGGGACAGGAUGAGCCUGGCAUCGGCGUGCUGCAGCAGCAGCUGGCUCAGCAGGCGGCGCAGCUGGAGCAGCUGGAGUUUGAGCGCACUGAGCUGGCGGUCAAGCUAGAGGAGAGUGAGCAGCAGGUGGCAGCCCUGACGGCCGCUGUGUCUGCCCAGCAGCAGCGCGACCGCCACUCAGCAGCAGGCGAGGCGCAGGCCCCGGCGCCUGGCCUGGACGGAGGCGAUGGCGGCGGCAGCGGCGACUGGCAGCUGGCGGCGGGCUCCCGCUCGCCGCCGGCCAGCCAGCGGGAGGAGGAGCUACACCAGCAGGCCCAGCAGCUGCAGGGCAGGAUCCAGCAGCUGGAGAGCCAGGCAGCCAGGCUGCAGGAGGAGCUGGCGGCUGCCGGUGCAGGCUCCAGCAGCGUAGCAGACGCCACCGCUGCCGCGGCAGACCUGCGACGGCAGCUGCAGGAGCGCAGCCAGGAGGUUGCCGACCUGUCUGCCCUCAGCAUCAAGGCGGAUGCCACGGUACAGCAGUACAUGGUGCAGCUCCGCAGCAUGGCGACGGAGCUGCGGGCCGCGGAGCUGCGGCUGAGCGACGCUGGGGCCCAGCUGGCCAGGCGGGCGGAGGAGGCGCAGCAGCGUGAUGCUGAGCUGGCAGAGCUGCGCGGCGUGGUGGGCGCCCUGGACGCCGAGCGAGACUCGCUGCAAGCCGAGCUGGACCGCCGCGCGGAGAGCGCCGCCGCUGAGGCCGGCACGCUGGCGGUGCAGUGCCACCGCGCGGAGGAGGCAGAGAGGGCCCUGGCCGCCACCGAGGCCCGCUUGGCGGCCGCCGCCACGCGGCUGCAGGAGCAGGAGGAGGCGGGGCAGGUGCAGCGGGCGGAAGCCGAGGCGCUGGGGCGCCAGCUGGCGGGGCUGGGGGCGGAGCACGGCGCGCUGGUGGAGGAGUACAGGGCAGUGACUGAUGACCUGGCGGCGCUGGUCAGGGAGAACCAGGUGGUCAGCAACCAGCUGAGCAGCAUGACUGCCGAGCGGCACGAGCUUGCGGAGCAGGUCAAGGUGCACAGCAGCCGCAGCCACUACAACGAGCAGCUGGCGCGCGCGCGGGAGCAGGACACGGCAGAGCUGCGCACCGCGUACGAGGGCCUCUCCCACGAAAACCAGCGGCUGCAGCAGUCACUGACGGAGCUCACGAGGGAGCUGCAGGCCCGGGACGCAGAGCUGGUCACCAGGGCGGAGGAGGCCGGCGAGCGCCAGCUGGAGGCCAUGGGCCGGGCGAUGCGGCGAGGCGACGAGGCGGCGGGCGGGCUGGACCGGGAGCGGCACGCGCUGCUGGAGCAGCUGCGGGGAGCCGAGCAGGCACGCUUUGCGCCUUGA